AUGUUCCAAGCAGGUCGUUUUAUCUGCGGUCUUGGAAUCGGUAUUCUGGUCACCGUCUGCCCUAUGUACCUCUCGGAGAUGUCGAGUGCCCAGCGUCGCGGUUGGCUAGUCGGUCACCAUGCCAUCUUCCUUGUUUUCGGAUACAUGCUUGCUGGCUGGGUCGGGUUUGCGUGUUACUACGCGGAGAGCACCAUCCCUGCCUUCGGUUGGAGAUUCCCUCUGGCUCUGCAGUGUCUGCCCGCGUUGGUUCUACUUAUCGGUUCUCCCUGGCUGCCACGCUCCCCUCGUUGGUUGAUUUCGAAGGGGAAAUUUAACGAGGCCGAGCUUGUGCUUCAGCGACUACGUCAAACUCCCGAUGAUCCCGACAAUCUAGUCGCCAAGGAGGAGUUCUAUCAAACUAAGGAGCAGAUUCAACUAGAGGCAGAGAAGCUAGCAGCCUACGGCAGUGUCUGGAAGGCCGUUUUCAAGAAGCCUUCCUACCGGAAGCGCAUGAUCAUUGGUUUCCUUACUCAGUGGGGUGCCGAAUUUGGCGGCCCUCUCAUCAUAAACAACUAUGCUGUUCUUUUGUACACCAAUCUCGGCAUGGAAGGCAGUAUGCCUUUGCUGCUAAGUGCUGUCUGGCUGACAACCGCCGGUGUUAUUUACAAUCCCCUGGGUGCUUGGCUUCACGACAAAGUCAACUCUCGACGUGGUAUGUAUAUGACCGGUUUUGCUGGUAUCAUUGUUAGCACGUCUUGCCUUGCUGCUAUGACAGCGCAGUACGCUGGCACGACCAACAAGGUUGGGAACGGUUUCGGUAUCUUCUUCAUCUAUCUCUAUCUGGCUUUCCAGGGUACAUGCUGUGACACUACCAUGUAUCUCUACGUUUCCGAGAUCUUCCCUACCGAAAUCCGCCCGAUCGGCAUGGGUUUCUCGUUGUUCGGCCAGUUUGCCGCUACACUCAUUCUUUUGGAAACGGCACCUAUGGGCUUCGCCAAUGUUGGCUGGAAAUACUAUCUGGUCAUCAUUUGCUGGUCUGCCUUCUUCAUUCCCAUAAUCUACUUCUUCUGGCCCGAGACCGCUCGCCUUACCCUUGAGGAAAUCGCUCAGAACUUCGGCGAAGAAGUUGCCGUAAAGAUCACCGAUGCGACCGACGAAGAAAAGGCUAAGAUCGAUCGCCAAAUUGGCCAUUCCGGUGGUGUCCUGCCUCCCUCCGAGAGCUCCGGCUCUGCAAAGGAUGUCGAGAAAGAGGGUGUCGUUACCGGUCAGAACGAUGCUCAAGCUUAA